AGCAUGACCAACAAUUCGGACACAGUGGUGCAACCCGAGCUCCAGGAAUUACGGGACCAAAUGGACUAUUUGCUGGCCAAAGGAUUCGUUCGACCGAGCUCGUCCCCAUUCGCCACCCUGAUCAUGUUCACACCCAAGAAAGAUGGGGACCUCCAGAUGUGCAUUGAUUAUCGCGCCCUUAAUCGGGUUACAAUAAAAUCUCGCUACCCGAUCCCGCACGCGGACGAACUGAUUGAACAGCUGCGAGGCGCUCGCUAUUUCUCGAAGAUCGACCUUCGCAGCGGUUAUCACCAGAUUCGAGUCUUCGCCGACGAUUGCCACAAGACCGCGUUUCUACUCGCCUCAGGAGUUACGAAUACACUGUCAUCCCGUUCAGGUUAACGAAUGCCCUCUCGACGUUCCAGCUGA